CUCGCUCCCUCUUCGGCCGCCGUAGGUCGGGGCGGGUGCUGGGUUGACGGUGCUGGAAUGAAAGAAUCCGCAAAAGUUAAGUGUAGCCGCUAGGAGGUUGCAGUGGGAUCCAGGGAAAAGCAGGUCCUGGCUUCCCAAGAGAAAGAGAGAUGAAGGAGAGGAUGAAGAGGAGCUUCCUGGAGUUGCAUGUGGUCGUUUCAUGAGACGUCUUUGACUUGAGACUGAGAUUUCUGAAUAGAAAUUUAGGGCAGGUCCAGAAGAGACUGAACACAGAACGCCCCAGUUACUGGGCAUUUCCCAAAACAGAAGAAAAUGAUGAAGGCCCAGGUGACUAUUGGUUUGUUUUAUUCUUAACUUGAUUCCCUCGUGGAUUUAUGGAGGCCUGAAAGAAUCAUUUCAACUAAAUGAAAAGGAUAAAUUUGGGGGAAAAUGGGCUCUGGGGAGAAAUACACAUAGACUGGACCUUUAAAAUCCGGACAAAAUGGAAUCAGGAAUAUAUUGUUCCUAGGGUUCGUACUACAAUGUUGACCAAUGUUGGAAUAUAAUAUAUGAUUCUGCAGGACCUGGGUGGUUAUGUCAACUGUCAACUUGUAGCUCAUAUUUCUGACAGCCAUCACAACCAGGGGAUCAUGGAAUCUCUGACCCUGGAGGACGUGGCUGUGGAGUUCACCUGGGAGGAGUGGCAGCUCCUGGCCCCUGCUCAGAGGAACCUGUACCGGGAUGUGAUGUUGGAGAACUAUAGCAACCUGGUGUCCGUGGGGUAUCAAGUCAGCAAAGCAGAUGCACUCUCCAAAUUGGAACAAAUAGAACCACCAUGGACUUUAGAAGAUGAAAUUCACAGUCAACCUCAUCCAGAAUUUGAGAAAGUUGAUGAUCAUCUGCAGCAACACUGGCAAAACCAAAAAAUGCCAAAGAGGAUGGAACAGUGUUAUGAACAGAAUGCAUUUGGAAAUAUUGUUCAUCAGAGCAAAAGUAGUUUUCCUUUAAAGCCAAAUAAUGAUAUGUUUGAUUUACAUGGAAAAACUUUGAAAUCAUACUUAGAUUUAAUCAACCAGAGUAGAAGCUGUGACAUAAAGGAGCCUGCUGAGUUUAAUGGAGAUGGGAAAUCCCUUCUCCAUUCUAAUCAUGAGCAAACUCAUACUGAAAUUAAAUUCCAUGAAAGUAGAAAACCCAUCAGUACUAAGUCACAAUUCCUUACACAUCAGCCAACACACAAAAUAGAGAAAGCCCAUGAAUGUACUGAAUGUGGGAAAGCCUUUCUCAAGAAAUCUCGGCUCACUGAACAUAAGAGAAUUCAUACAGGAAAGAAACCCCAUGGAUGUAAUGUAUGUGGAAAAACUUUCUUCAAGAAGUUUAAGCUCACUGAACAUCAGCGCACUCAUGAAGGAGAGAAACCCCAUGAGUGCGGUGAGUGUGGGAAAGCCUUCCUGAGGAGGUUUCAGCUCACUGAACAUCAGAAGACUCAUACAGGAAAUAAACCCCAUGUAUGCAGUAUAUGUGGGAAGGCAUUCUCCAGAAAGUUCAAGUUAACUGAACACCAGAGAACUCAUACAGGAGAGAAACCUUAUGAAUGUACUGAAUGUGGCAAAGCCUUUUGCAGGAAGGCAGAGCUCAUUAUACAUCAGAGAAACGAAAGAGGGGAAAAACCGCAUGGAUGCACUGAAUGUGGGAAAGGUUUCUCCAGAAAAUCACAGCUCAUUCUACAUCAGAAAACUCAUACAGGAGAGAAACCUUAUAUAUGCAGUGAAUGUGGAAAAGGUUUCAUCCAGAAGGGCAAUCUCCUUAUACAUCAACGAACUCAUACUGGAGAGAAGCCCUAUGGAUGCUCUGAAUGUGGUAAGGCCUUCAGUCAGAAGGCGUGCCUCAUAGCACAUCAGCGAUUUCAUACAGGAAAGACUCCCUUUGUAUGUACUGAAUGUGGAAAAUCUUGUUCACAGAAAUCAGGACUCAUUAAACAUCAGAGAAUUCACACAGGAGAGAAACCCUAUGAAUGCAGUGACUGUGGGAAAGCCUUCACUACAAAGACAAUGCUCAUUGUACAUCAAAGAACCCAUACAGGAGAGAGACCCUAUGGAUGCAAUGAGUGUGGGAAAGCUUUCUCCCAUAUGUCGUGCCUUGUUAAACAUAAGAGGGUACACACAAGAGAGAAACAUGUAGAUUUAGUGAAGGUGGAAUAUCCUUCCACAAAGGGUCACAGCUUAUUAAAUACUAGUGAACUCGUGCAGGGGAAAAACCCUGUUAAUACAGUGACUGUGCAGAUGCCUUCUGUGACCCCUCAGACAUCAUUGAACAUCAGUAGGCUCCUAGCAAAUAGACAUGUAGUCAUAGUGGGACAGCCUUUGGCCAGAUGUGUACCCUCAGGAAAUGACAGAGGAUUUGCACAGGAGAGAAACCUUAUGAAUGCAGUGAAUGUGGUUGUACCUUCAGUGGUCAAUUAUGUCUUAUUUUAUGUCACAAAAACAGAAGACAGAGCACGCCCUAGAGUUGUUGGUCCUUUCUUAAGAACAGGAGGAAUGACCAAGGCCCAGGGAGCGUUAUCAUUCGAGGAUGUGGCUGUGGGCUUCACCUGGGAGGAGUGGCAGUUACUGGAUCCAUCUCAGAAGGACCUGUACAGGGACGUGAUGUUGGAGAACUACAACAACCUACUGUCAGUAGGAUAUCAAGCUAUGAAGCCAGAUUCUCUCUUCCGUUUGGAGCAAGGAGAACCACCAUGGAUAGCAGAGGGAGCAGCCCAUAGUCAAACCUGUCCAGAAGAAAUAUGGGAGAUUGACCAUAUGCAGUGGCACCCAGAAAACCAAAACGAGAUUAAAACUUUGGAAAGAUGUCAGCAGAGUUAUGCACUUGCAAAUAAUUUUGAUGUAUGCAAAAGUCUGGUUCCUUUAACACAAAGGCACAAUAAGUUUGGCUCACAUUGUAAAAGUUUGAAAUCACAUUUAGGUUUUGUAAUCCAGCAUAGAAGAUAUGCAGGAAAGGAUUCUGACGAAUUUAAUGGAUAUGGGAAAUCGUCUCUCUACAUCCAGCGUGAUAAAACUCUCACUGGAAUUAAAUACCAUGGAUGUGUUAAACCCAGUAGCACUAAAUCACAGCUCAGUGACCAUCAGAAAACUUAUCCAGGAGAGAAACCACAUGAAUGCAGUGAGUGUGGGAAGGCCUUCUCCAGGAAGGCACAGCUUGUUAGACAUCAGAGAACCGAAAGAGGAGAGAAACCCCAUGGAUGUGACGAAUGUGGGAAAACAUUCAUGAGGAAGAUUCAGCUCACCGAACAUCAGAGGACUCAUACAGGAGAGAAACCCCACGAGUGUAAUGAAUGUGGAAAAGCCUUUUCCAGAAAGUCACAGCUUAUGGUACAUCAGAGAACUCACACAGGAGAGAAACCCUAUGGAUGCAGUGAAUGUGGGAAAGCCUUCAGCCGGAAGUGCCGGCUCAACAGACAUCAGCGAUCUCAUACUGGAGAGAAACUUUACGGAUGCAGUGUGUGUGGGAAAGCCUUUUCCCAGAAGGCGUACCUCAUUGCACAUCAGAGACUUCACACAGGAGAGAAGCCUUACGAAUGCAGUGAAUGUGGAAGAACCUUCUUUUUUAAGUCAGACCUGACCAAGCAUCAGAGAAUUCAUACGGGAGAGAAACCUUAUGAAUGCGGUGAGUGUGAAAAAGCUUUCAGAAGCAAGUCAAAGCUCAUUCAGCAUCAGCGAACUCAUACAGGAGAGAGACCAUAUGCAUGCAGUGAAUGUGGCAAAGCCUUUGCCCACAUGUCAGUUCUCAUUAAACAUAAGAAAACUCAUACAAGAGAGAAAGCUAUAAAUCCACUGAAGAUGGAGAAAGCUAGUUCAGGCAGUCGUAGAUCUUUAUACAUGAAUGAACUCGCACAGGAGCAAAAUGCUAUGAACACAGUGCCUGUAGAAAUGUCUUCUUCAGGGACUCAGACCUUAUUAAACCUCAGUGAGCUCCUAGGGGGUAGAAAUGUAGUGAUUGUGGAACAGCCAUUUCCAAGAAGUCAGCCCUCAGUAGAUAAUCAGGAAUUUGCACAGGGAAUAAGCCUUGCAAAUGCAGUGAAUGUGACAACACCUUCAGUAAUAAAUUAUGUCUUAUAUGUUACGGAUAUUGUGUAGGAAAAAAAAUCCUCUGAAACCAGAAAUGUGGAAAAGCCUUUAGCAAGAAUCCUCCACGAGUUAAAUGUCAGAGCUCACUUAGGACAGAAAUGCUGUGGAUGCAGUGGUUGUGGAGAACACUUCCGUGAGAAGUUAGACUUAUUAAAUAUUGGUGAAAGCAUAUUGCGCAGAAAUGCAGCUACUGUGGGGAAGCCUUUUCCCGGAGGUGAUAUCACAGUUGGUAUCAAAGAAUUCCCACAGGACUAAAACCUUUGGAAAGAAUGUGAUGGUUUUCAAUGAUAAAUUGUACAGCAUCACAUGCCAGAGAAGCAAAGAGAGACAACUCUAGAGACACUGAAUGUGGAAAACAUUUUUAGUAAAAUGUAGAAGAACUCAUAGAGAAGAGAAACCCCUGAAAGCAAUAAAAGAUGGAAAUUCUAACACCAAACUAACUCAUGAGUCACAAUUUUAUACCUUGGGAAUCUUGGAAAAACUUCUUUAAUAAAUGAAACCUUCUGGACACCAGGAAUUGCAUUAUGUAAUGAAAGCAUGCAAAUACAUUGAAUUUGUACAGCUGUAUUAGUUUCUUAUGGCUGCUCUAACAAAUUGCCACAAAUUUUGGGUCUCAAAACACCACCAAUUUAUUAUCUUACAGUGCUGGAGGCCUGAAGUCAAAAUGCAUCUUCCUGGGCUAAAAGCAAGGUGUGGGCAGGGCCGCAUUUCAUUUUGGAGGCUCUAGGGGAGAAUCUGUUUCUUUGCUUUUCCAGCUUCUAGAAGCUGCCCAAAUUCUGUGGCUCAUGACCCCCUUCCAGCCUCAAAGCCAGCAAUGGCUGGUCAACUCUUUCAUCACUGUAACACUGAUUCUUCUGCCUCCCUUGUCCGUGUUUAAGGACCCUUGUUAUUCUAUUGGGCUCAGCCAGAUAAUCCACGAUAAUCUCCCCACUUAAAGUCAGCUAAUUAGCAUCUUUAACUCUGCUACUUUGAGUCCCCUUUGCCUUAUAAUCUAACAUAUUCACAGGUCCUGGAGAUUAGGAUGUGGACAUCUUUGGGAGGCCAUUAUUCUGCCUACUACAGACCACGCUUUGGUACCCAAUGAUUCAUGUCCAUCCCGCAUACAAUAUGCAUUUACCCUAUCCUAACAUCUCCAAACGUUUCAACCCAUCACAGCACUAACUCAAAGUCCAAAAUCUCACCUAAAAUUUAUCAGCUCUAAAGUGCCAAAUCUCAUCGUCUAAAUCGAGUAUUGAUGAGGCUCUGGGUACUAUCCAUCCUGUGGACAAUUCCAGAGGCACAUUUCCUCGCUGUGAACCUGUAAAACUCUAGAAACAACUUAUAUGGUCCUGAAAUACUAAAUUCCAUCUUCUUACCUUAAUUCGCCUUUACCAUGUAAUGUAACAUAUUUACAGGUUCUGGGAACAGGACAUGGACAUCUUUAGGAGGCCAUUAUUCUGCCUACCAAAAAACAUUAGAUUUCAGAGAAUUUACACUGCAAUAAGUUCCUACCUCGCCAUUAAAUAAAUUUGAAAAAGUUUGUUCCCAGAGAAGUAUUCAUGGUAAUUAUGAUCUAACUAACAUUUUUUUCUAUAGUCUGAAUCUUAUGCUGUGAUUGUUAGAUAUGAAUACCAUGGAAUGCUCUUGAAAUGUAUAAAUCAAAUUAUCAGCACUGGAAAAUAACUCUUAAAUGUCCUAAAGGAACAUGAGAUUUAUGCUGCGGGAAAUGCUGCCAAACAUCUUUGUAUCUAUUCUAAAAUUGUGUAAAUUAACAUAUCUGCAUAUACCAUGAGGCACCUAAAUACUGACCCGUGUUUUUCACAUCCAAUCCCAAUAACCUCCUUUUCCUUAACAAUAAAUGUUUGAUUUGUA